CCUCGGGACCCGGGCGGCCCGGUCCGCCCCGGGUAGCGUCCCCCGGGUCCCCCGAGCUGGCUUUCCCAGGAGGCCGGGACGAGUUUCGGGCCUCCGUGCCCCGCGGGCGGCCCAGCUCCAGAGCUGGGGCCCGGGCUGCUGGGGCCCGCUUCCCGCCUCCAGGGGCCGGCGGCGGCCGCUGGGUACCGGCGCGGGCGGCUCAGCACCUCAGACCUUGCUCUUCCAGUCGCCGAGGUGGCGGGCCGACCCCUGGGCGGCCAGUGCAGACGGCCGCCAUUCCCGUGUCGCUGCGACCGCGGGGGCCGCCCGAGCCGCCCACCAUGCCGCUGGGCCUGAAGCCCACCUGCAGCAUGUGCAAGACCACGUCGUCCUCCAUGUGGAAGAAGAGUCCACAGGGCGAGAUCCUCUGUCAUCACUGCACCGGCCGGGGCGGCGGGGGCGGCGGCGCGGGAGUGGCGGGCGGGACCGGGGGCGGAGGCGGCUUCGGCACUGCUACCUUCGCCACCACCUCGGCCGGUCCGUCGCAGAGCAACGGGGGCGGGGGCGGCAAGCAGAGUAAGCAAGAAAUUCACAGAAGGUCUGCUCGGCUCAGAAAUACCAAGUACAAAUCUGCUCCAGCUGCUGAAAAGAAAGUUUCCACUAAAGGAAAAGGGAGAAGACAUAUUUUUAAGUUAAAAAACCCUAUCAAAGCUCCUGAGUCUGUUUCUACCAUAGUCACUGCAGAGUCAAUCUUCUACAAGGGAGUAUAUUACCAAAUUGGUGAUGUUGUUUCUGUGAUUGAUGAGCAAGAUGGGAAGCCGUACUAUGCUCAGAUCAGGGGUUUCAUUCAGGACCAGUAUUGUGAGAAGAGUGCCGCACUGACAUGGCUCAUUCCCACCCUCGCUAGUCCCAGAGACCAGUUUGAUCCUGCAUCAUAUAUAAUAGGGCCAGAGGAAGACCUUCCAAGGAAGAUGGAGUACCUGGAAUUUGUCUGCCACGCCCCUUCUGAGUAUUUCAAGUCAAGGUCAUCACCAUUUCCCACAGUUCCCACCCGACCAGAGAAGGGCUACAUAUGGACUCAUGUCGGACCUACUCCUGCAAUAACUAUGAAGGAAACAGUUGCCAACCACUUGUAGUUACAAAACCAAACCGGGGCAUGCUUACUUAGCUAGUGUAAAGCUUCAGUUUUAAUCCUAGAACAUACAUACAGAUCCCAAAAUAAAGCCGGAUUUUCAGUUUUCUUAUAUUUAUAACAAGAUAUGCCACACAUUUUCUCUUUAAAACUUUUUUCUUUAAGUUUUUGAGAUAGGGUCUCAUAUGUCGCCCAGGCUAGCUUGACCUUGAGAUCCCCCUGCCUCAUCCUCCUUGAGUGCUGGAAUUACAGGUGUGUUAGACCAUAGCUGGUUAAAGCCAGCUACUUCUUCAUGAAGUUCUUACAUGGAAAUAUGACUGGAGAAAAAUUUUAACUACCCAGUAAGUAUAUUACCUUGCUUAGUAUCUGUUGCUUUGAAAACCACAAAGUGAAAAAAGAAUGAAUUGCCGUCAAAUACUGUUUAAUGAAUAUUUUCCUAGGCAAAGUGACAGAUUCCAGAGAAAUCAUUAUAAACAUGCAGUGUCUAUUUUUCUUCAUAAUUUAUUUCUAGGAACUCAUAAAGUGAAUUAUAUUUUUACAGGUAUAAAAACAUUAAGUUUUAGACUUUUUCUGUCUUUUAUUUUUUUUUAACCCAGGAUCUCACUAUGCAGCCCUGGCUGCCCUGGAACUCACUCUGUAGACCAGACUGACAUUGAUCUUAAGAGAUCUACCUGCCUCUGCCUCCCAAGUGCUGGGACUAAAGGUGUGCACCACCAUGGCAGGUUUAAGUUUUAGAUUUCUGAUCAAGGACUAAACCAAAAUGUGACCAGUAUGUCUUACAAAGCCACACAGACUUUUUCCUUCUUUAGAAGCAGACCUUGUCUGCUUUAGUCCUACAGAAAGCAACUAGUGGGUGAUUGAUUAGCCCUGGCUCUGUAUACUUUCAUCUCACGCCAUACCAUUCAACUGCUUUCAGUAGACAUGCCUUUGCCUGUCAUCAGCUACUUCUGUGGGACUUCAGCCAGGCCUUUGGUCUACACACAGUAUAGAUAUCCCUCCUCCUACUGAGGCAGCAGCAGCAGCCUCUGUGAGGGUAGCCUGACUAUGGCUAAGACAGGGACUGGUGACUGGCUAUCUUGAAAGUGACUAAAAGGUCAUUAGUUUUGGUAUGAUGGAGGGAAGUGGGCGGGUACCUGCCUCUGUCCUGAUCUAUCCAGACAGACGUUUUUAGCUGUAGGAAUUUAUAAGGAUUUGACUUGAUCUUGAUGAUUUUCAUCAGAAUGCUUUCACCUUUUUCUUUGUCCCAAAGUUGGGAAGAAGCAUCUUCAUGUUUACAUAAGGUAUCAAAUACAGUUCAUUGUUUAUACUAUUAGAAAUGAUUUUCUAAAUAUUAAUAUUCCAGUUUCUCAUUAAAAAACAUUUUUACAGUG